UCUUGCGAGCAAAAUUGGCAAAUACCAACCGGCGCACGACGUUCCAUUCAAGUGAUGAGACCUUAAAAGUCGUCGUUCCUCGCGGCUGCGUAUUGCGAGUCUCGCGAACCUUUAACCGCACUCAUUUUCUUACACGUGAGAUAUAUUAUGCUCUGAGGCGAAUUUUUUCAUCGCACGAUAACACAGCCGAGAGUAAUUUUUUUUCUGUUACAAGUUCGAGAAGAGGAUCGUUGAACCGUCGAUCGAGCCAUUAUUAUUCGUUAAUUAAGGUCUUAAGCUUACAAACAAAAUGUCUCAGAGCAAAUUGAACGACUUCGCCAACAGUUUGGGCAAGGGAGCACCGAAAGGCCUGAAUGUCGGCAUGAAAUUGCUGGCUGUCGCUGGAGCCGCUGUCUAUGGAGUUAACCAAUCCAUGUACACCGUCGACGGUGGUCACCGUGCCAUCAUCUUCUCGCGCAUUGGCGGCGUCCAGAAGGACAUCAUGACAGAGGGCUUGCACUUCCGCCUACCCUGGUUCCAUUAUCCCAUCAUCUACGACAUUCGCAGCAGACCGAGGAAGAUCUCGUCGCCCACCGGUUCCAAAGACUUGCAAAUGGUCAACAUCUCUCUCAGGGUGCUCUCCAGGCCAGACGCCUCCACCCUGCCCGUCAUGUACCGUCAACUCGGUUUGGAUUACGACGAAAAGGUCCUUCCCAGCAUCUGUAACGAGGUACUCAAGUCCGUCGUCGCCAAGUUCAACGCGUCGCAGCUGAUCACCCAGCGUCAACAAGUCUCCAUGAUGGUGCGCAAGGAGCUCACGGAGCGCGCGCGCGACUUCAACAUCAUCCUCGACGACGUCUCCAUCACGGAGCUGAGCUUCGGCAAGGAGUACACCGCCGCCGUCGAGGCCAAGCAGGUCGCCCAGCAGGAGGCCCAGCGCGCCGCCUUCGUCGUCGAGCGCGCCAAGCAGGAGAAACAGCAGAAGAUCGUCCAAGCCGAGGGUGAAGCCGAGGCCGCAAAGAUGUUAGGUAUAGCUGUCAGCCAAAAUCCAGGUUACCUGAAGCUGAGGAAAAUCCGUGCUGCUCAAAAUAUCUCACGAACGAUCUCUCACUCUCAAAACCGAGUAUACUUGAGCGGCAACAGCUUGAUGUUGAACAUCCAAGACUCGACGUUCGACGACCUCUCCGAAAAAUUGAAAUCUAAGAAAUAAAUAUACCCUGGCUUUUUGAAUACACAUUUUACUGUAUAUAGCUGUAAUAAAAAAUUGUGGUUCUAAAGCUCCCGUUAUUACUAACCAUAUUAUAUAAAAAAAAAGUUAUAAUAUUGUUGGUCGUUUUAUUUCAUUUUGUAGAUGUGUGUAAUUCAUUCUUCAAUGGAUGUGUUCAACGGAUCAUUAAAAAAAAAACUUUUUUAUCGUUAAUCAACUCAGAAA